AUGUGGGAGGAGAGAGACAUCAGAACAUCAGAGCUGGUUGAGAAAAUUCACAGUUUUCUGGGUGGAGACAAUUGUGACUCUAUAAAGACAGUAAGCGUUCAGUUUGGCAUUGGUGUGGCAACUGUACACAGGAUUAUCCAUGAAGAUCUGAACAUGAGCAAAAUUCAUGCAAAAUUUGUUCCCAUGGUGCUCAGUAAUGGUAACAGUCUAUUGGACAUCAAAACUGUCUCUCACCCUUGCUGCAUUCCAAAUCUUGCUCCCUGUGACUUUUGGUUGUUCCCCCAAACUGAAGGAGAACUUCAGAGGCAGUUGUUUUGA